AUGUUUACUAAAUUAUUCAGAUUUUCAUUUUCUGCCACAACUAAAAAUCCAAAGGUUUUCUUUGAUAUCUCCAUUAACAAUGCCCCAAGUGGUAGAAUUGUCUUUGAAUUAUUUGCAGAUGCCACACCUAAAACUGCAGAAAAUUUCAGAAAAUUAUGUAUUGGUGACACUGUGUCUAAGAUAUCUGGAAAAACACUUCAUUAUAAGGGUUCAUCAUUCCAUAGAAUUAUUCCAUCAUUUAUGGUCCAAGGAGGAGAUUUUACAAAUCAUAAUGGCACAGGUGGAGAAUCAAUUUAUGGAAGGACAUUCCCCGAUGAAAAUUUCACAUUAAAACAUACUACACCAGGACUCUUAUCAAUGGCCAAUGCCGGACCAAAUACAAAUGGAUCCUAAUUUUUUAUCACAACUGUCCCAUGCCCUUGGUUGAAUGGAAAACACACUGUAUUUGGAAAGGUGGCAUCUGGAUUAGAAGUGUUGAAUGAAAUAGAAUUUUGUGGAACUCAAUAAGGUAGACCAUCAAAGAAAGUUGUUAUAUAUGAUUGUGGUGAAUUGCAAUGAGUAAUCUGAUAUAAAGCAAAUUUAAUUAUUAUUUAAAAUAAAUAAAA